CUUAGCGAGUUAGGAAGGAAAGGAGCUGGUCGGCGCGCCCUGAAAUCGGAAGUUCAAACGCAGGAGUAUGCAGAGUGCAAUGUUCCUGGCUUUCCAGCACAGUCAGAUGGAAAGGAGCGAUAGCAACUGCCAGAGCCACGAGGAGAAAAAAGGGAAAAUGAAGAAAACGCUCAUAAAAGAUUGGAAAUCAAGACUGAGUUACUUCCUGCAAAACUCGUCUGGUUCUCCUAAAGCAAAAGACAACAAGAAAGGACAGCAAAAGGCUAUCAGACCCUCUCCUGAGGAGGCCCAGCUAUGGUCAGAAGCUUUUGAUGAACUCCUGGCUAACAAGUAUGGUCUCGCAGCCUUCCGGGCAGUCCUGAAAUCUGAGUUUUGUGAAGAGAACAUUGACUUCUGGCUGGCUUGUGAGGAUUUCAAGAAAAUCAAGUCCCCACAGAAGCUGACUUCGAAGGCCAAGAAGAUUUACAGUGACUUUAUUGAAAAGGAAGCUCCCAAAGAGAUUAACAUAGACUUCCAAACCAAGAACUCCAUUGCCCAGAACUUGCAAGAGGCUACUCACGCCUGCUUCAAUGCAGCCCAGAAGAGAGUGUACAGCUUGAUGGAGAAUAAUGCCUACCCACGGUUCCUGGAGUCCGAAUUCUACCAGGAGUUGUGUAAAAAGCCGCAAAUCAGCAGGGAACCUCAAGGAACAUGAACUCCCACGUCCUGGCAGAUAAAGAGAAGAGCAACAAAGAGAAUGCCACUUCAUCCAUGGAGGAAGAGGACCUGCAUGUCUUUACAGGCCCCAUGGACUCGGAACUGAACGUACAGGGGGAUCUGCCCCAGUGUCAUUUUGUUGUCAAAUGGACUGACCUGUUGACUGUGGUGGGGUUCUCUAUAUAGAGUGGUGAUAACGAAAAGCGUAAGAGGAAAAGCAAGCAAAACUGCUGGCCAGUUGCUAGGGAACCUUUGUUUUCUGUACAAAAAAGUGAUGCAUUGGGAAAGGAAUGUCUUGCGCACUACUGAACUACUGUGGGUCCUCUGACUCUAUAUGUCAGCCUGGAUGUCCUGGCACUCCAUGCCAGAUCAGAUCCAGCCUCCUUACAAAAAGUUAAGGUCUGGAACUGCUUUGCACUCCCGUACUGGGACUUUGGAAACUGCUUUGACUAAUUGGCUGCCCCUCAGUUUCCUAAAGCUCUGGGCAGGACUUAGCCCUUGUCUUCAUGUCUCUCUAGCUUCCUUUAUGCAGGUUCUGCUUUCUGCAGUUCACCCAGCUGUGUAUAGAUGUAGCCAAUUUCUGUAUGACUGCUAGACAUAAAUUCCAACGUAGCUGUAAAGUUUAAUACAGGGAGAGAGAGAAGGAGGAAUGACUGACUGAAAAACAGAGCAUGCUGAUGACCAGUUUGGGUCAAGCUGCCUGUGCAAGGUGGAGCAGAAUCCGGCCCAGACUUCAGAGUGACAUUCUGUAUAGUGCAUGUGUAUUUUUGACUCUGGUUGUGUUGUACACUCCUGCCAAUGCUGAACGUACUGACAAGGCAAACUUCAGGGAAGUUGUCUUUUUUUUUCAAAUGACAGAUUUGUUUUAAUAAAUUUUUAUUUUCAUAGAACAUGCUGCCUUAAAUUGUAGGGAGG